AUGGACUUUGCCGCCGCGCCGGCGAGCAGCGCCGGAUCCGAGUUUGAAAUCGAACACGCGAGUCCGAGGAAGUCGUCACGCUCAUCGCGUACACUAGCACGACGAUCACCAACGGAAACCGGCGUGGACUAUGAACAACUGCUACAGACAUCGAUCGAUCGGCUCCUCUUGGCUAAAUCGCGACCGUUCUGCGUAUCCGGACAGAUACCCAUCGACCCCUCAAGCUUGGUCUUGUUUUUCCGAUCUCAGGGCGGCGUCAGCCACUCCCUCCUUUUUCCGAUCAACGUUGACGAAGACACUCCUCCCGCUUUGGAUGUCCUGAUAUCGACGUGUCAGCAUCAAUCACGGGCGAUCUAUGGCAACACUGCGGCGCUCGACCCUCUCGUCUACCCCGCAGAUCUCCCUAUCAGUGCGACUCUCGACAUUGCCAGCCACCCUGUCCUCGACGCCGUCCGGAACACGCUCCUCCCCGCGCUCCCGGUGGGACACUAUCUCACCGUCGCCCGCGACAAGCUGGAGUUGGUCGUCGCUGGCGCUCGCACCGCGCCAGGCGCCACCUCGCGCGCCAACGACGGCCGAUACGCGACACUUGUCGUCACACUCCCUGUACGCUUCCGCGGCGGCGGCAUGAUCGUGCGCAGCGGCGACGGUGCUGAGGAGGCUUUCCCCGGCAACGGCGGCAAGAGCCCCGAGCUUGAGUGGAUAGCGAUUCUCGGCGACUGCGACUACGAGAUCGAGUCGGUGAAGCGCGGAUGUCGGAUGAUGAUGACGUACGCGAUACAGCUGAAGAGCUAUGGGCCGGCAGGCAUCCAGCCGAAUCCCCUCAUCACGCCGAGCGACGCACUGCUCGAUGCGCUAUCUCCGGUGCUGCAGAUGUCGCGGGGACGCAAGAUCGCGUUCUACCUCACGAACGAGUAUAAUGUUAGCCCAGCAGAAGUACUCGCAGAUUCCAUUGUACCAUUGCUGAAGGGCGGCGAUUCCCUCUUGUAUCAUGCUAUCAAGAUCUACAACCUUAUCCCCGAGCUACGAUGGACCGCAGGCGGUUACAUAUGGCCCGUAGACCGAACGGUCGAAGUCAGCACGGGAAACAGUUCCCCCCUUACCGAGCAGAUGGCCGCGCUCAAGCUGAACGAGCUGUUGAACCGCCGGUCGUCGGCGCCAGCGAUACCCGCCGUCCGUGGGCCCUUCAGCGCCUACGCUGGCUCCACCGCCGCGUCCGUCGCGUCCCAGCAGGAUGAUACUGUCGCCGAUCUACGGUCGCGAGCUGAGGGAGGAGGCGCUGUAACGCUCGCGGACGCCAACAUUGCGAUCAUGGCGUCCGGGCCACCGGGGCAGGUUGGCAAGGUCCGAGUGCCCUUCGUCGGGUCGAACGGCGAGCUGGAGAAACUCGUCGUCAACGUUCUCUUGGUCAUGUAUGUUCCGUGA